AAUUUCCUUUUUCCUGUUUAAUAAAGAGCUCAGCUUCUGUGUUUGUGGUGUUGGUUGUACCGUGACAGGUUGUUAGUUUCUAUCCACUUUUCACCCCAGAGCGAGAAGUAGCAGAAACGCUGAGAUGACAGCUUACAGCUUCAACAUCUUCAUCAUCUUCGUAAUUCAUCUGAGCUUCAUCUUCCACCGAAGCCAUGGUGGUCAUUUUGAGGUGAUUCAGCCACAGAAUCGGACUGUAAACCAAAAUGGGUCAGCGUCUAUCAGCUGUGAACACACCGCAGACGUGACAAACUCUGUCAAAGACGUUCGACUCAACGGCAUAUCCCUAACAGACAAACCUAGGUUGCUCUGCCAGAUGGAAAAGAAGGACUGUAAGAACAUUACCAUGCAUCAAGAGAGUCUCCAAAAGUGGCUUUUCAUCAUACUCAACAUCGGGCCAGAGGCCAUGAAGAUGACAUACCAGUGUGAGUUCACAGUGAAAAUAGGUGAUAUAGAUCACGACGUGAAAGGAAAACCAACCAUACUACUGCCAGGUCAAAAGGAAACGAUCUGCGCACCACAACCUCCUCCUCCUCCUCCUCCUCCUCAGUCUCAUCAGCUCAGGUGGAUUCUGAUUGGGCUGCUGGCUCUGAUGUUGCUGUACAGCUGUGUCAUCACCUUCUUCUACAUCAUACUGAGGUGCCGCAACAAAGAUCCGGAGAACUCCAUCUAUGUAGAAAUGAGAAAAGCUCCUCCGUCAAGAAAUCCACAUUUGGACACUUAUUGUGGGUAGCUGACUCAUUUUUCUUCACCACUGGCUACAUGCUGAAUGUAAUAAGAGGGAAAACAUUGUUAUUAUCAUGCUGCUGGUAUCAUAGUCUCAAGCUUUUGCAUAUAUAUAUAUAUUUAUCUAAAUGAGUUGAACAUUCCUGUACUACUGAAGAUAAACAGCAGGGUGAGACAAAGACAGUCUAAAGUGACCAUACUGUCUGCUACUGUACAUCUGCUCAUCUCUGCUUUUACAGUUGUAUGCAAUGGGGCACUAUGAUAUUAUGCAUUAUAUGGUAUAUAUAUGGAGGUUAUUAUUAAUUUAAUAACCUUUUUCAAUCAGUGCUUCCAACUUCCAAGUAAAUAGAAGCUUUAUAAUGCAAAGAUUUCAUGUAUUUCCCCACAAAUUAAUCCAUGAGAGGACAAAAAGACAGGGACAGGAACAGAAAAUUAACUGAAAACUGCUCUUUAACAUAAAGGACAAUCGUCUUCAAUGCCCCAUCACCCCAAACAAACCCUUUUU